AUGGCCUUCCUUGGUCUCUCCCUCGUUACGUGGCAAACCCUUCUGAUCAUAGGCCUCCCUUUCAUCUGCGGCUCAUUAUCCCGAAUCCGCGCCAUUCUCCUAUUCCUUCGCCACCCCUUCAAGAAGUCUCAAGCCCCGACUCCAAACCCAGGCAGCCCGCCCAAGAAAAAACCUGAAGUUUUACCGCCACGUCGGUAUCUGCGACCGCAUACGUUCUUCCUUGGACUCCUCCUACUAGCUCACUCGGUGCGCUUUUGGAGCACGAACCCGAGGAAAAUCAACCCGUUCCGACAGACGAACCUGCUGCUCAACGUCCCCUCGACCACCUUGGUGAGCUCUCUGGAGCGGUACUAUCGCGCGAAGGGCAUCGAGGAGACCCCGUACGAACAGGCCCGACUGGUCCGGAGGUUGAACACGCUCGAUGCCCGGCUAGUCUACUCGACCGUCGGCCCAGAGGCCUUCCUCCACUGCAGCUGGUGUCGCACCCCGUCGAGCAAGUCCAACGGCUCCGACCAUCUCUACUUCACCCUUUCCCGCCUCGGUCUCCAAUACGCCACCUUACUACUUGCCAUCGGCAUCAUGACCACCGGGGCCAGUCGACUGGGGAUGAAGCGUCGGGUCUGGCGCACCCGACUGGCCAUCCUGAGCAUGUUCUACUUCGCCUUCGAGGCCGCCACACUCUCCUUGCUCGUCUAUGUCCCCAGUCUGCUCACUGCGAUGGACAACAGUCGGAUGACCUGGGACACUCUCUUCCCCCUCCGAGCCGCCUUCUUCCCCCUCAUCCUCAUCGCCUCGUGGUGGGGCGUCAUCUCCGAAUCUCCCAAGGAACCCCUCUCUCCUAUCGCUAAAACCGGCCUCGGACUCGCUACCGUCGCCGCUGAACUCGACGGAUUGGUCAACCGUCUGAGACUGACUGCCCUCCAACGCACUGCCCUCAUGAAGGAUGGCAGCUAUCGAGCCCAGAUUAAUCAAUUUUGGGAAAAUGUCGAAAGUCAAGCAAGUCUAGCAUCAUCUACCCCUUCGAUCCAAAGUAUGAAAGACUCAAUGGGCUUGAGUUCCUCUGAGAAUAUGAACCAUCAAUCUCGAGAUCAACUACGGAGCUGGAUCGACAACGUCUUUCCCGAACCCACCUUCACUUCCCCAACCCCUUCUCCUUAA